AACACUCUGGAGACCUGCAACAUAUGUUAUAAGCCCAUAAUGGAGCGCAUUCUGAGGGCUACUGGGAAGGCCUAUCAUCCCCAGUGCUUCACCUGCGUGGUCUGCCAUCGGAGUCUGGACGGCAUUCCCUUUACUGUGGAUGCCUCCAACCACAUCCACUGCAUCGAGGACUUCCACAAGAAAUUUGCUCCUCGUUGCUCUGUGUGUAACGAGCCCAUAAUGCCAGCACCUGGUCAGGAGGAGACUGUGCGUAUUGUUGCCUUAGACCGUGACUUCCAUGUGCAGUGCUAUCGCUGUGAGGAUUGCGGCUGUCUUCUCUCUGAGGGAGACAACCAGGGUUGUUACCCUCUGGAUGGCCAUGUCCUCUGCAAAAACUGCAACACCAGUCGCAUCCAGGCCCUCACCGCCAAGGCCACGACUGACCUCUGAAUGGCUCACACGUGUACAUGCAGGUCCCCUAAAAUCCCUGCACUCAUCAAAACCUGAGAAUCACCAUAUCCUGUCAUAUCACUGCACACAAAUAUUUAUGCCCAGACAAAUGCACACAUACACGUAAAGCUGUCUUUCCACCAAUAUAAGGUGCCUUGUAUUAAAAUUGCACUCAUUUA